ACACCAACACACACGCAGUGUUUUUUUCCUGCAGUGUUGUGCAACACUGCUCUCCCGAACGACGCAGAGCCUCCGCCAUGGAGGUCACGGUGGUCUUAGCUGCGGCACUGGUCGCUGCUCUGCUGUGGCUGCUGAGCCUGAAGAGCCGUGGACACGCUCGCCUCCCUCCGGGCCCGUCCGGUCUGCCCGUGAUAGGAAACCUGCUGCAGAUGGACAAACGAGCCCCGUUCAAGACCAUGCGCAAGCUCAGUGAAAGCUACGGCCCCGUGUUGACUGUGUACCUGGGCCGACAGCGCACCGUGGUUCUGGUGGGGUACGACGCCGUCAAGGAGGCGCUGGUGGACCAAGCGGAUGACUUCACUGGCAGAGCCCCUAUUCCUUUCUUGAAUAGAGCCACCAAGGGCUAUGGUUUGGCGAUCAGUAAUGGAGAGCGCUGGCGGCAGUUGCGUCGUUUCACCCUCACAACUCUCCGAGACUUUGGAAUGGGACGCAAGGGGAUGGAAGCGUGGAUCCAGGAGGAGAGCAAACAUCUGGUGGCCCGCAUAAACGAUACCGGAGGUACAUCUUUUGAUCCGACCUUCUUCUUGAGUUGCACUGUGUCCAACGUGAUCUGCUGCCUGGUGUUCAGUCAGCGCUUCAGCUACGACGAUGACAACUUCCUCUACCUUCUGCACACAAUUUCCGAGACCCUGAAAUUUGGCAGCAGUCCCCUCGGUCAGCUGUACAACGUCUUCCCUUGGCUGAUGCAGAGGCUGCCGGGGCGACAGCACAAAGUGAUUGCCAGAAUUGAUGAGCUGCGAGAGUUUAUCAUGAAAAAGAUCCAGGAGCACAAGGAAACACUGGACCCAAGCUCACCCAGAGACUACAUCGACUGCUUCCUCACUAGAGUCCGUCAGGAAAAGCACAAUCCCACAACUGAGUUCCACUAUGACAACUUGGUGUCCACAGUGUUGAACCUUUAUUUGGCAGGAACAGAAACCACCAGCUCAACUAUCAGAUUUGCACUAAGUGUACUGAUCAAACACCCCAAAACACAGGAAAAGAUGCAGCAGGAGAUUGACACAGUUAUUGGACAGGGGCGCUGUCCCUUUAUGGAGGACAGGAAGUCACUCCCCUUUACAGAUGCAGUUCUCCAUGAAAUCCAGCGUCUAUUGGAUAUCGUCCCCAUGAGCCUCCCGCACUACGCCAUCAAGGACAUCUCAUUCAGGGGUUACAUAAUUCCCAAGGAUACAAUGAUUGUUCCCCUGUUGCACUCUGUGUUGAAAGAGGAUAAACAGUGGGCAACCCCUUGGUCAUUCGACCCGCAGCACUUCCUGGACCAAAACGGCAACUUUAAGAAAAAUCCUGCAUUCCUGCCAUUUUCUGCAGGAAAGAGAGCUUGUGUUGGAGAGUCCCUCGCUCGCAUGGAGAUUUUCCUCUUCCUGGUGUCACUCCUGCAGCACUUCACCUUUUCUCACCCUGCAGGACCCGACAGUGUAGACCUGAGCCCCGAGCACAGCAGCUUCGCCAAUGUGCCCCGCAUGUACAAUAUCAUUGCCACGCAGCGGAAUUAAAUAUUUCACAGCGCAAUCCUGCAUUUUCAACCUUUCGUCUGGCCUUCAACCUCUGAAAAAUGGAUCAUUUUAAUGCCAGCUUAGAUCAAUUACAACUACUUAAUAUUUCGUUCUCCUGUGCCUGUAACGUUUUCCAAGACCAAAAUGGUCUCAUUUAACCACGUUUAUACAUAUUCAGUGUCUGUCUGUCAGGUGGGUUUAGGUUUAACAAAGGGUUAAAGUUUUUACAGAAUAUUUGAAAAGGUAAACCAAAGAUUAAAAAAAAUACCUCACUUAGUCUUGAAUGACAUGUUUGACAUUUCACUUUUUUCCCCCUCACUUUUUGAGUUUGAUUACACUUCAGAAUAUACAGUGUACACACAGUUUAUCAGUAUUUCCCCUUUUCUAAAGUGUACUGUCAUGCUGAUAUACAGUAUCAUCUCAUGAGGUGGAAUUUGUGUUUGAUUUAAAGUGUUAGGAGUAGGAAAAACGCAAAGCGUGAAAAGAAUCGUAUGACCUUUUAUUUCAAUGAUAAACAAGACAUAUUUUAUGUUAACCCACCUAACCCUGGAUUAAGACCUGCUGGUUUACAGCACAUAGCACAGUGAGGUUUGACGAAGAGGUUACGUCAGUAAUUUGAUAAGUUCAAGGUCAGGUGAUCCAUCAAGCGACGUGUCAGGCUGUCAGUGUGUGGAUGCGGACUGCUUUCUAUCUUUUGGUUAUAUUGUAGAAAUAUACAAACAUGUUCACUGAACCUAAAGAUACAUGCAUUUAGUCAUCCUAUAUUUGUGCAAUAAAACACAUCGGAAAAAAGA